CUUCACCUGCUUCUGCCUCCCAUCCUUAUUCCUCAACGUUACCUCCAAAUAUCCCACAAUGCACUGUUAUCAUUGUUAAAUCUAUAUAUCCUUACACCCUGCAUUACACAACCCAGCCGGCCAGCCAACAGUAUCUACCUACCAAACCGGUGUCCCUCACCAUGUGGUGGUUCCAGCAAGCCCUCAGGCUGCCCCUGAUAUCGUCUCUGAUCAACCUGAACCUCUUAUCCAACAGUCAUGAUACCACCAACACCAACACCAGCAGCAGCAUCAAAACCAGCAUCAACAACCAUGACACUCCCACCCACAGUGAUCAACAUCCACUUCAACAACCCCUCCAGAUUCAAUCCCAAGAACACUGCCCCUAUCCACCCCUUCUCUCAUGUCCAUUCCCACCACCUGCAGACGGAAUCAACACCUGCUGCAUAAACCACCCAUCCGGCCACUUUCUCCAGACUCAAUUCUGGGACACCUCUCCUGCCCUGGGCGCCGCAGACUCAUGGACGAUUCAUGGCCUCUGGCCGGACCUAUGUACCGGGGGUUUUGACCAAUUUUGCGGAGACGCGACGCGCCGCCACGACGACAUUGUGAGUGCUCUUGAAGCUGCGGCGUCGCGAGAAGUCACGCAACCGCUUUUGGACUAUAUGCGUGAGUCCUGGCUUGCUUUGGACGGUGAUGAUGCCCAUCUCUGGGCGCAUGAGUGGAAUAAGCAUGGGACGUGUAUUUCGACUUUGGAGCCGGUGUGUUAUGGUGGAGGAGACAACGGCGACGAAGUCGGCGGAGUUCACAAGGACUCUAAGGCUCCCCUCGACGUCCUAGACUACUUCAUCCAAACAACAUCCCUAUUCCGCACAUUAGACACCUACUCCAUCCUCGCCGACGCGGGCAUUAUCCCCUCUUACACAAAGACAUACACCCUCUCCGAACUCGAGGAUGCAAUCUCAUCAUCCUCCGAGUACGGCCACCCCGUCACGUUCCGCUGCGACCGCUUCGGCCAACUCAAUGAGAUCUGGUACCAUUUUGCCGUUCUUGGUCCGUUAAGAACAAACAUCGGCCGCAAUAACACCCACACUCUCAAUCUUCAAACCUCUUCUUCAUCACCUUCUUUUCCCUUCCUCAACGAAUCCAUCAUUCGCGACACUUUCAUCCCAACCAGUCCAUUCGACGGAGCCCCGUUGUCCAAUUGUCCCCGUAGUGGAAUCAAGUACCGGCCUAAAUCUGCCCACAAAAACCCACCACCACAUCCAUAUCCUGGUCCAUCGCCAACGACGUCCAAAACCUCGCCUACAGCUACGGCCCACCCUUUCUCAGGUAGAGGGUAUUUGAAAGUCAAUGUCCUGAAAACACCAUCAUCAGCCUCAGAGGCAUCCUCAUCCUCAUCCACAUCCUCUUCUGUAACUGCAGCAACAACAGACCAACAAAGCCAAGGCUGUCUCAUCCGUCUAGGCGACUGGUACACUUCGGGCACGUGCGCCACUUUCAAGGCUCAGCCCGACGUCGUCGACCCUGGCCAUGCUCCAUUGUUUUCUCUCUCUUCGAGCUUUUCUCCUUGUGCCAUUAACCCUGCCACCAGCAAGUUUGAAUGCACCAAAUCUACCGCCAUACAGAGCAUUUUUUCCUCGGAUCCCGAAUCCCCUUACACCUUGUCGUAUCGCAACAGCACUACCUUCUACGCGGCCCAUUCCCCACACAGAUUUGAGAAGGUGGGAAUAUACGCCGAUUCAGCGGACGGAGAAAGGGAGGUCGAACUGGGGAUUCAAUGGAUACCUGUCUAAGCCUAGCCACUGCACACCCGCUUCCCUAUCAAAUCUCACAACUACUCUGGCUCUUUUACACAGGUGUCAGCGCCCUGAAUGGCACAGCACUGAGCGAUGUUGGCUGGACUGACAUUGGUCUUCGUCUGCUAUUUAUUGCCCGGGAGCAACAAAUCCUCGCUACUCCCCCAGUUUAUACCGCCAACUCUCUUCCCCAUCUUUCUCACUUCCCUCAUGCCGGCACCGAUAAAACUCUUGAUCUCUCCACUGAUUUGGCGGUCAACCUUGCGCCGAGACUUGACCAACUUCUCCUUUCCCCCACCUGCUACCUUGACAAGCUGGACUCGCGAAGAGGCAAUGUCGCUAACCGGUGGCGGAGGUGUUGAAUGCCCACUCUCAAGCAUGGCACAGUCCAGAGGUCCGACGACUGGAUCGAAAGCGUUGACCUUGGCUAUGGUACCUCCACAUCGAGGGUCCUGCCCACCGACGUCCGUCUUUGGAGAUGGAAGUAGCUUGCUCUGACUUUCGCUCUUGGGGAAUACAAAUGACGGCAAGCGAGAAGUUGAUCGUCUAUGUGCAUCGGCUCCUCGACGCAAAACUUUCUCUUCUCCGUCUCUUGCGGCGUUGCUCAGGCUUUCAGGAGAACGCUCAAAGUACGAUGUUCUGCGUUUGUGUGAACAUGUCUCUUUGGCGCCCGGGCUUCUGGUGGAUACUGCCCCAUCCUGCUUCUUUGGCCCGGUUGGGAUAAGUACAGCCAGAUUACCAGUCGUUUUGCUUUUGGUCAAACCAGCGUUACCAUAAAGGGCCUUGGGGCCAGUGGUUAUAACAGCUUCCGCAUUCACGUUGGAAAUCCUGCUUGUUGCGGUCGAGGUGUUAGAUGGAGAUUGUGGCAGCUUGAAACUUGUCAUUGGCUUCGUUCCUCCACCGUGAGAGAGUUUCGCUUGCUUCUCAGGAUCCUUCCUCCCAAUAACAAGGCUAGCGGCCCGAUCGAGCUGGAGACGGGUCACUCCUAGCUUCUUCAAUAGUUGCGAUUCAAAAUCUUCGAAGCUUUUCAAGGCCUCCUGCCUCACACAGGACUGGCGUAAUUCGAUCAAUGCAGUGUUCAUCCUGAUCUUCUCGUUGGUCUCAAACAAUAGUUCGCUCUUUGGCUUGGUAGUGGCAGUGUCGACAGGCAGUGGACCGCCUGCGACAGGAAGUUCCUUCAUUCGGAGGCGGUCGCAUAGUGACACAUAUCGACCUGUCCAAUAAUGUAAACUCUCUGCCGAAUAAACCUGCUUCCCGGUCAGUCAAACUCGUUCCAGUCAAGCUGCAGAGGACACUAUGAUUGCCUGACCUUCUUCGUGUCAUCGAAAAACUCGCCGCUUCGGUCAGAUCCAGUGGCACUACUUAUAGUAGAUGGGCUACUUUCAGCAUACAUUACGUCCGACCCGGCAGGAAUGACAAGGAGUCUACCCGGUAGACUUCUUCGGAGGCCUUUGGGCUUGCCAGCAUCACCAUUG